UAAUUCCGUGACUUCAUGUUCAAAAUAUGCAGUGGUGUCAAACCAAUCAUAAACGGAAAGCUUAGUCGAGUAUAUUUAUUCACUUUCGUCCAAUCUAGAUUUUCAYAGUGUAUCAUAUCAGAUUCAAGUUAAGACCAAUCUGGUUAAAAGACAAUUGAAAAGAGAUCGUUUUUACAGCUGGUUGACGUCGAGAUGCCUGAGAAUUCUACGUCUUCUUCGCCAUACGAGAAGUUAGAYCCCAAACAAGGYGUUAUACUUGGAAUUAUCACYACACCAGGCGUAAUUGCCAAUCUGCUAACAAUUAUCGUCACAUUAAGGUUGUUAAGACACCAGAAAAUGACUCCCAAUGUGUUCGUCUUUGCCUUGGCGUGUAUGGAUUUAAGUGGCAUCGUAUUCAUAUGUUUUCCAACUUUUCUGUGCUAUAUUUUCAAAAAGUGGGUCGGUGGCGAUCAGAUGUGCAAGUUUCAAGGAUUUUUGACUUUGUUUUUCUCUCUUGGSUCUGGAUUUCUAGCAACUGCGAUGUCCGUGGAUAGAUACAUGGCGGUUAGAUGGCCWCUGUAUCACAGGCAGCACAUAACUAUUCAAGUUGUCAAGAAAAUAAUUCUAGUAAUGGUGCUAGCAUCAGCUUUGGUAUCAUUUCUCCCUGUUGUAGGGUUUGGAGCCUUUGUUCGCAACUUAACAGGGACUUACUGCACGCUAAACUGGUUUGCUACWGCUACGGAGGACGUUGCGUUUUCCUGCGUUUUCGCAAGCCUGGGAUUUCUGCUGAUAUUGACUGUUGUGUUUUGYAAUAUCAMUGUUGUGUUUAAACUCUACCGUCGAAGAGAAAAAAUAARAACAAUGGUGAGUGAAAGGGGACGCAACAAAGACGACAAAAAGAGUUCAACUCUCGAUAGACAGUUUGCCAAAAUGAUGAUUGUAAUUUCAGCAAUAUUUCUGCUCUGUUGGACGCCUUUUGUGGUUCGCACUAUUUGCAACAUCUCAGGAGUGUGGAAGAGCUGGUCAGCGGACCUACAGUCGUCAAGGCUACUACUGCUCAACCUCGUUCUAGAUCCAUUCACGUACGUGUUAACGAGAAAGCACUACCGCAAAGCACUAUGGACUAUGAUGUGUUCAUGCUGUAAAAAUAAGACGUCGUCUUUAAAGGUGAACAGUUCUCUGACGUCAUCCAGUAGAAACCUGCGCAGUACAAGAACCACUGAUGUGUCACUGGAUGUCCUGAAAUACACCAAUCAGGGACGAGAAGAAAGCGUGGAGAAUUCUGUAGAUAGUACRGAGACUAUUGAAAAAUGUUGAGCUAAUAAAAAGAUAUUUUAGGUUGUAGAAGUGAAUAUUAUGUUACRAAAAGAUAUAGUAUCUAAAUUAUUAAAAAAGUAUAAUAAAACUGGAUUUUUCGUGA